AUCAGCAGGCGUCCUUCACCGAAUCACCGUAGAGCUCGAGAAAUCAGAACCUCCGACUCUCAUUCUGAUCAUCAUCAACAGUACCCUCCAGUUCCUGCCAAGUCAGUUUCAAUCUGUUUUUAUUGUUACCACUACUUUCUAUAGAACUCCGAGAAAGAUUCGGAUCUGGCGCACGGUUCACCACACAGCUUACAUAUAACUACUUGAGUCUUGGAGGGCGACAUGAUACACAUCUCUCACUUACCAUACGGCCUCAGUCUACUCAAUCUUUGACCGCUUGACAAUAUGUCGAACGCUGAACCUACAUCGCAGUUCAUGGUCGACCCAAGUCCGGAGGAUGAGUUGGCAAAUCAGCAAAUUAAGUGGCCCCGUGUACCACCAGCGAAAGAGGUUAUCGUCAAGCUUAGAAAUAUCCCUGGCCAGAUACCGCUCAUUAUGCUUCAUGGUCCGUCGCUAGUUUCUAUCCUGACUAUCGAUACUCAUUCACAUACCCGCACUACAGGAGGAGGCGGUAACAUUCACAGUUUUGGACCUCUCCAGAAGAAAUUCCACUCUUCAAUAUGGGCCAUACAAUCCACACCCGAUACCCCGCUCACCUCCAUACACGCACAGGCGGAGUUCUACGUUAAAAAGAUGAGGGAGGAGCAACCACGGGGACCUUAUCGCCUCGCCGCAUUCUCCGCGACUGCCAUAACCCUACUUGAAAUGGUUCACAUCAUCGAAGAGAGCGGAGAAAAAAUAAUACAGCUUGUCUUCAUCGACCACUUCCCCACCGUCUUCUUCGCUCCUCCCAUGGGUCUCGACAUCGACCUCUCAGUCAUGUCGCGGGACCAAGUCCGUGCCCAGUUCGUCGAAAAGAACUACUUUUUCGUCUGUCACCUUCUCCGCAAGGAUUCAGGCGGCAAAGUCGUUCGCCGACACAAACUCGCGGAUGGGCUCACGGAGGCAUGGAAGAGAAUCCCAGUUGACCCGUUCCUCCGGAACUUUGGGGACUUUCUCGAGGUAUUCCUCUCCGCUGUAUAUGAUUUCCUAGAAGAGAUUACCACCCGCGAUCGAGUCAGAUCGCCUGAUAUGGGUGCUCUCAGUCGAUGGCUUCGGCAGCUGAAUUGUCCAGUUACGGUUUUCCUGGCUGACAAGGGUAUACACUCAUGUAUACCAGCACAUGCUCAGCAGGAAUGGGAGGAUAUAGGAAUUCGUCGGGGGUUCCCAGGUGCGGAGAUUCGGGUACUCGAUGCUGGGCACUAUGAUAUUUUGUCGAAUGAUGUUCUGGUUUACGAGCUACAGAAGAAUUUCUAUCCUCAACUUCGUGCUUCCUUGUAAUAAAGUUUCAUGAAGUCAACAAAUCACUUGAACACUCGAGCA